GAGGUUGAUGAAGAGAUUAGUGAAAAAGCUGAUGAAGAAGUUAGCGAGAAGAUUGGUAAAGAGAUUGAUGAAGAGGUUGGUAAAGAGGUUUUAGUAUCUACUAAAAACCAAUUUUCUAAUUUAG